UAGAGCCAGCGUGUCAUGAAGCUCCGGCGAUCAUUUAAGCUACACCUCGCCGAAACACGUUGUCCCUCACGCUGCAUGUGCCACGGUCUUGCACACCUCACCGCUCUAUUUCUGUUUCGCCAUCUGGGAUAGAUUCCCCUUUCAAUUUUCUUUGACGUUCAGCAUCUGAGUCUCCUGCUAGCGUUCGAUACCCAUCUCCCCGCGCAGCUCGCGGCAUCCCACCGCAGCUCUUUUUGCCUCCACCGCCCUCUCACACCUCCCGCUUUUCCACACAACAUGGCGCCUCCAGGACGCCGGCGCAACAGCCUCUCCCCAGCCGCGAUGUUACUUGGGCUCCUCUUCCUCUUCUCGUCAACCGCCUCCGCCGCCUCAGCGGUUCUGGGCGUCGACCUGGGCACCGAGUACAUCAAAGCUGCCCUUGUCAAGCCCGGUGUUCCUCUCGAAAUUGUCCUGACCAAAGACUCGCGUCGCAAAGAAACCUCCGCCGUCGCAUUUAAGCCUGCCAAGAGCGGCGCUCUUCCCCAAGGCUCCUUCCCCGAGCGCUUCUACGGCGCCGACGCCAUUGCGCUUCAGGCUCGCUUCCCAGGCGACGUAUACCCAAACUUGAAGCAUCUCUUGGGUGUCUCGAGCGACAGCGAUGCGGCCAAGAUCUACAAUGGAAGGUACCCAGCGAUCGAGGUCACCGGCACAGAGGGUCGAAAGACUGUUAGCUUCAAGAGCAGCAUCUUCUCCGCUGAGGAGGAGCAGAACUUCUCCAUCGAGGAGAUCCUCGGCAUGGUCCUCAAGAACGUGCGUGAGAACGCAAAGGCACUGGCUGGUACCGGUCAUGACGUCCAGGAUGUCGUCUUCACCGUUCCCCCGUUCUACACUGUCGCUGAGAGGCGCGCGCUCGAGGUCUCCGCGAAGCUGGCAGGCCUGAAGGUUCUCGGCGUUGUCAGUGAUGGUGUCGCCGUCGGUAUCAACUACGCCACCAGCCGAACGUUCCCUACCAUCAACGGCAAGAAGCCGGGCAAGGCAGAGGUCAACCUCGUGUUCGAUAUGGGUGCUGGAUCUACGUCUGCGACCAUUCUGCAAUUCCAGGGCAGGACUGUCAAAGACGUCGGCAAGCGUAACAAGACCAUUCAGGAAGUUAAUGUCCUCGGAACUAGCUGGGACAGGACACUCGGUGGUGAUGCACUGAACUCGCUCAUCGUCGACGAUAUUGUCAACACCUUCCUUGAACUGCCGGCCGCGAAGAGCGCCUCCAUCACCGCUGAGAAGGUCAGCAGCCACGGUCGCACCGCUGCGAAGCUCUUCAAGGAGGCCGAGAAGAUUCGACAGGUUCUCAGCGCCAAUCAGGCCACACAAGCUUCUUUCGAAUCUUUCUUUGAGGAUAUUGACCUCAAGUACAAGCUCGAUCGCACAAAGUUCGAGCAGCUCGCGUCUGAAUUCUCUGCUCGUGUUGACAUUCCCAUCAAGAACGCUUUGGAAGCUGCCGGUUUGACAGUCGAGGACAUCGACUCUGUCAUUGUUCACGGUGGUGCCACUCGCACACCGUUUGUGCAGGCUCGCCUGGAGGCUCUUGCUGGAAAGGACAAAAUCAGGGCCAACGUCAACUCUGAUGAGGCUGCUGUUUUCGGUGCUGCUUUCAAAGCGGCUGGCCUGAGCCCCUCUUUCCGUGUCAAGGAGAUCCGCGACUCGGAUACCCAGGGUUACAGCCACGGCAUUGAGUACAAGCACAACCUCAAGACUAAGGACCAGAGAAUCUUCACUUCCAGCACCAAGCUUGGCGCCACCAAGGACCUGCCAUUCAACAUGAUGGGCGAGUUCGAGUUCACCGUCUACCAGAAUGUCCCGGGAGCCAAUGGCAAGGACGCCAAGGAACCUACCCUUCUGUUCAAGAGUCUCAAUCUGACAAGCACCGUUACCAAGCUGAUCGACACCGACGGUUGCGAACGCGACUCCUUCAACAACUACGUCCAGGUCAGACUCAGCCCUAUCACCGGCACACCAGAGGUCACGUCCGCCUGGGUCACCUGCGAGGCGACCGAUGAGAGCAAGGGCGGCAUCGUUGAUGGUGUCAAGAACCUGUUCGGAAUGGGCGGUAAGAAGGACCAGGAGGCUUUGAAGGAUGGCGAGAGCUCUUCUGCAUCAGCCUCUUCAUCUUCCUCUGCGACGAAGUCGUCCAAGGGCUCCAAGUCCUCGUCCGCCGCGGCUGCUGAGGCCUCUGACGAUGGAAAGCCCAAGAAGAAGACUCUCAAGUCUGUCAUUACCUACGAUGUCAAGCAGCUUGGUUACGAGAAGCAUGCCCGCAAGGACUUCAAGAAGAUGGAGGACAGGCUCGCUGCUUUCGAUACCUCUGACAAGGCUCGCCGUGUCCGCGAGGAAGCCCUCAACUCGCUUGAAGCGUACACUUACCGUGCGCGUGACUACUUCGAGGACGACGAUUUCGUCGCUGUCACGACCAAGGACGUCCUCACCGAACUCGAGAGCAAACUGGAUGCUGCCUCUGAGUGGGUCUACUCUGAGGGCUCCAACGCUGACGAGAAGAGUCUUCGUGCCAAGCUCAAGGAGCUUGAAACCGUCGUGAACCCGAUCCUUCGUCGCAGGCGCCAGUCCUGGAAGCGACCCGCUGCUAUCACUGACCUUGAGGAGACAAUCGGCGGCAUGAAGGAAGUCGUUGAGCUCGUCGACAACCAGAUCGCUGAGCGAGCCGCCUACGUCAUCAAGAGUGCCGAAGCAGCAUCAUCUUCUUCCGCCUCGCCCUCUCCGUCUCCCUCAGUCGACCCACUUGACGAUCUCGAGGAAGACGACCUUGAGGCCGCACCCUCAGCAUCCGCAACUCCCGAGAUCGAAGAGGUCCCUGAGAUCUACACUGCGGAGGACCGCACAAAAAUCGAGGAAGUCACCGAUAAGGCAAGGAAGUGGCUCAAGGAGACUAGCGCCAAGCAGGAAAAGCUCAAGGGCCACGAAGAGCCUGUUCUGACUGUUGAGGAGCUUACGGCUUACAAGAAGGAGCUCGACGAUGUUGUUGUCGAGAUGAUGAUGAAGAAGAUGAAGCACUUCAAGCCGCCCAAGCCCAAGGCAACAACCAAGCCCAAGUCCAAGAAAGACAAGAAGAAGAAGAGCAAGACUGCUGCGAAGCCCACCGAGACUCCGAUUGCCGCCAAGGACGCUGAGGCCGAGACUGAGCAGCCCGACCCUCAGGCCCAGGCCGAACAGCAGCGCGAGGAGAUCAAGAACGACGGGCCGAACGUGGCGUCUCACGGCGGCCGCGGCCCGACUGAGGAGGAGCUGAGAGAAGCGCUGGAGAAGGCGGGCGUCGAGUACGACCCGGAGAAGUACAAGCAGUUCGUCGGCGAGGAUAAACACGAUGAGCUGUGAGAGACAAAUGUCCGUAGAAUAUGAUCUUGCACAUGUACAUUGAGCGAAUAGAACCGAGAUGUAGGGAUCUGGCUGCACGCGACACAAUGUCC